AUGCCUUUCGGGAUGCUUCUCUCAAGAUCAUCUCGCCGGAUUUCCACGUUGUUCGCCCAGAAAACAAGAAUCCCCUUUCAGAGCACCCAUCGAUUCUACUACGAAACGAACGGAAGCAUCAUCACGCCGAGUCAGGUCCGAGGUAUCGACCAUCUGCGGGACGCUCGGUUGAACAAGGGCCUCGCCUUCACUCUGGAAGAGCGCCAGUCGCUCGGAAUCCAUGGACUGCUCCCGGCCAGGAUCAAAACCCUCGCUGAACAGCUGCAAAUUUGCCGGCUGAGCUUCUCCGGCUACCAGGAUGAUCUGAACAAGUACGUCUACAUGGUCGAGCUGCACGAUCGCAACGAGAAACUCUUCUACCGACUGCUCACCGAGGACAUCGAGGAGAUGAUGCCGAUUGUGUACACGCCGACGGUGGGUUUGGCUUGUCAGAAAUUUGGACUGAUUUUCCGAAGAGCACGUGGUCUGUUUGUAACUAUUAACGACCGCGGGCACGUGUACGAAGUUUUGAGGAACUGGCCCGAGCCGGAUGUGAGGGCAAUCGUUGUGACGGAUGGAGAACGAAUUCUCGGGCUAGGUGAUUUGGGGGCUUGCGGAAUGGGAAUCCCCGUGGGAAAGUUGGCACUUUAUACGGCGCUGGCCGGGGUUCAGCCUCACCAGUGUUUGCCGGUGAUGAUCGACGUGGGGACGAAUAACGAAGAGUUUUUGAAUGAUCCUUUAUAUAUUGGUUUGAGACAGAGGAGGGUGAGGGGUGAAGAGUAUGACGAGUUAAUCGAUGAGUUCAUGGCAGCGGUAGUGAAGCGAUACGGACAGAAUACGUUGGUUCAGUUUGAGGAUUUUGGGAAUAAGAAUGCGUUCAAAUUUUUGGAUAAAUACAGGGACAUGUACUGUACGUUCAACGACGAUAUUCAAGGGACGGCGUCAAUUGUGGUGGCAGGACUGAUGGCGGCGCAGAAAGUCGUUCAGAAGAAGAUCUCCGAGCAUAGAUUUUUAUUUUUUGGAGCAGGGGAAGCAGCGGUUGGAAUCGCUGAUCUGCUGGUACAAGCGAUGGAAGAUGAAGGUAUUUCUUCGGAGGAAGCCCGCGACCGAAUGUGGAUGUUCGACAAGCAUGGAUUGUUGGUGAAAAGCAGACCGGAAGCAGAUCUCGAAGGCCAUAAAGCUUGUUACGCAAGAGAUCACUGUCCAACAGACAACUUUGUAGAGGUUGUCAAGGAAGUUAAACCGUCAACGCUCAUUGGUGCUUCGGCUGCAGUAGGAGCUUUCAAUCAAGAAGUGCUUAGAUGCAUGGCCGAAACUAACGAUCAUCCGAUCAUAUUUGCCCUUUCCAAUCCGACAACAGUUGCGGAAUGUACAGCUCAGCAAGCGUACGAUCAUACGGAAGGUCGGUGUCUUUUUGCUUCUGGAUCGCCAUUCCCUGCAGUGCAGUUUCACGGGAAAACAUUUUUUACUGGUCAAGGAAACAAUGCAUACAUCUUUCCGGGAGUAGCCCUAGGAGUGAUCGCCUCCGGAAUUCAUCACAUCUCGGAUGACAUUUUUCUCGCUGCAGCAAAAGUCGUCGCGGGAAAAGUUUCAGACGAAGAUCUGUCCAAGGGAUUGCUGUACCCUCCGCUGAGUAGCAUCAAGCAAUGUUCGAUGGAUAUUGCUCUUGAAGUGAUUGAGUAUGCGUACAAAAAAGGAAUAGCAUCCCGAUAUCCAGAACCGAAGGACAAACUGGCGUUUGUCAAGUCCCAUCAGUACAGCUUCUGCUACGAGAGAUCUCUUCCCGCCACAUGGCCCUGGCCAAAGGAGCAUUGUAAACCAUUGGUAACAAUCUGUGACUCAUGCUCGAACGAUUCAUGAAAAAUAUAUUUUGCAUACAUUCUUUGAGAAUCUUUUUUUUUUUUAUUAUUAUUCGUCAAACAAUUAGAUAACAAAUCAAAAA